UAAUAGCUUUACUGGAAGCAUACCUCCUACUAUUGGCAAUCUAUCCAAACUAUAUGUGCUGGAUUUAACCAACAACAAGCUAACAGGAACUAUCCCAAUCUCCAACGGCCUUACUCCGGGCCUAGAUAUGUUACUUCAUGCUAAGCAUUUGUAAUUUACAGCCAUUUAGGUAUGAAUCAGCUCUCUGGUACCAUCCCAAUGAAACUUUUCAGCUCAGAUAUGCAACUGAUACAUUUGUUGCUAGAUAGCAACAAUUUAUCGGGGAGCAUCCCUUCUACUUUAGGACUUGUGACAAACCUAACAGUUGUGCGCCUAGAUAAGAACUCAUUGACUGGGCCUGUUCCUUCCAACCUCAACAACCUUAUGAACAUUGGAUAGUUGAAUCUGGCCAACAAUAAUUUGUCAGGUCCAUUGCCGAACCUAACUGGAAUGAAUGCACUCAGUUUUGUGGACAUGAGCAACAACAGCUUUGAUCCAUCAGAUAUUCCAUCGUGGUUCUCAACCUUGCCAGUUUUGACAUCAUUAUAUCUGGAACAUCUAAAUAUUGGGGGACAGCUACCCCAGUCUCUGUUCAGCUUUUCUCUCAUUGAGACUCUGAGGCUUAGGGAUAAUCGCUUUAAUGGCACUCUCGAUAUCGGUACACACUACAGCAGUCAGCUUGAACUUGUCGAUCUGCAGAAUAACCAAAUUAAUCAGAUUGUACUCGGAGGAGGAUACAACAAACAAAUCAUACUUAUCGGCAACCCAGUUUGCAAUCAAGGAGGUGAUAAUCUCUCAUACUGCAAAAUUGUGCAGUCUACCUCCUCAUAUUCAACUCCGCAGAACUGUGAGAUGGUGCCACCUACUUGUUCCUCAGAUCAGAUGCUCAGUCCCAACUGUAAUUGUGCAUAUCCAUACAGAGGCACUCUAUAUUUUAGAGCUCCUUCCUUUUCCGACCUUGGAAACACGACGUAUUAUCUCAUACUGGAACAAGAACUCAAAAAGUCAUUUGUAAACAACAAACUUCCUGUGGACUCUGUUUCCCUUGAUAAUCCAUUUGUAGACUCUAACAGCAAUCUGGUAAUUAGUUUGCAAGUGUUUCCGAGUGGCAAAAUUCGAUUCAGUGAAAGAGAUAUCACUAACAUUGGUCAUAUGUUCAGCAACAUAGUCUUCAGACCUCCAAAGAUUUUCGUGACCUACUAUUUCAUAGGACAACCAUACACUGCUUUGGACGUUCCUGCACCAGCGUCAAAAUCAAGACACUUUCCGGUCAUUGUUGGAGUGGCAGCUGGCGCCACGGUUGUUGUAGCAAUAUUGAUUAUUCUAGUUGUUUUUGUUAUUAAAAGAAGGCGAACCAAGAAUCCUGUGGAUGGAUGUCAGUCAUUUGUUUCAUGGGAUCCCAGCAAAAGCACUAACAGCAUCCCACAACUGAAAGGAGCAAGGUUGUUCUCCUUUGAAGAAGUAAAGAAAUGCACUAAUAAUUUUUCAGAAGCCAAUGAAAUUGGACAUGGUGGUUAUGGAAAGGUUUAUAGAGGAAUUCUUACUAAUGGCAGAAUGGUUGCUAUCAAAAGAGCUCAGCAGUGCUCUUUGCAAGGCGGGCUUGAGUUUAAAACUGAGAUCGAGCUGCUUUCUAGGGUCCAUCACAAGAACCUUGUCAGUCUAGUUGGCUUCUGCUUUGAUCAAGAUGAACAAAUGCUCAUCUAUGAAUACGUUCCAAAUGGUACACUAAAAGAAAGUCUAUCAGGGAAAUCGGGCAUAUACUUAGAUUGGAGAAAAAGACUUCGAGUUGCCCUUGGUGUAGCUAGAGGUCUUACUUACCUGCAUGAGCUUGCAAGCCCUCCCAUUGUUCAUAGAGACAUCAAAUCAAGUAAUAUUCUCUUAGACGAGCAUCUGAGUGCCAAAGUUUCCGAUUUUGGAAUCUCUAGGCUGAUUGGAGGUGAUUCGAGAAGUUAUAUAACCACUCAAGUGAAAGGAACUAUGGGAUACUUGGACCCCGAAUAUUGCAUGACUCAGCAGUUGACUGAGAAGAGCGAUGUGUAUAGCUUUGGAGUGCUAUUACUGGAGAUAAUUACAGCCAAAAAUCCCGUAGAGAGAGGGUACUACAUAGUAAGAGAGGUAAAGGUUAUGUUGGACAAGUCUAAGGAUCUCUAUGGCAUAUGCGAACUUCUUGAUCCAGAACUAAACUUAGGCACCACAUCUGGUGGCUUUGCAAGGUAUAUUGACUUGGCAAUGAGGUGCAUAGAGGAAUAUGGAGUUGACCGGCCCACCAUGAAAGAGGUGGCCGAUGAGAUUGAGAAAAUCAUGCAGAUGGAUGGUAUGUCCCUGUGUACUGAUUCUGAACAUAUUUCCUUGAGCUAUGAGGAAAGCAGGAGCUCUGUUCGCCAUUCAGAUAUUAAUAGAGCUUCCUUCGAGUAUAGCGGUGAGGUACCUUCUUCCAAACCAGAACCAAAAGCUGUGCAUUCAGUAAGGAACAAAUUGUGUGGAGAUUGUGAGAAUAAGGGUGUUCUGCUCAACUUGUAUCUUAUUCUAAGAAACUUCGGUGAACUGUGUAAUGAUUGCACAUUAACAAGCCUUUAUAUAUAUAUAUAUAUAGAGAGAGAGAGAGAGAGAGAGAGAGAGAGAGAGAGAGAGAGAGGAUAG